CAACUGCUGCUGCUGCCUUCGGUCACGGCAGCCACGAUCAAACCUGAACCUGUAUCCGUACCGUUGCACUGGGACCAGCAUCGACCAAAAGUUCCAACUCCCAACGCCGUGCCUCAAGUGACGAUCCCAGUCUAUCUUGGAGCCUUUUUCUUCGACGGACCGCGACAGCCGAAGAACAAGGCGCGCGUGCUUUUACGGAGUCAUCGUGCACGGCUCAGGGGCAAUAUCACUGGCCGAGAGCACGCCGUCUGUGAUUUGCCGGCCCGUUGCGCUUUCUUUUACUGCAGCAACAUGCCAGGCCUAGAAGCCCUUGGUGCGGCCUCGCCAGCUGAUGUUCUUGUUCACAUCCCCUCAAGUCUUUCUGAUGAAACAGGCGGCAGCUAA